GCCUGCUUGUUCGCUCGUCCGCUGGCCUGUUGGUUAGCUGUUCCUAUGGGGUGGCCAGUAUAGCCGGCUGCUGGUUCCUGUGUCCCCUCUCUCAGGGCCGUUGCGGCAAGCUGCGCUCUUCCCCUCGCCCGUCAGGCACUUUCCCAGUGAUGGUGGCGAGACGAAGGCUCGGACAGCCGAGGCCGGAGAAGGAGGCUACCGAGGCCGUGUGGAGCUAUAGUAGCUGUAGAAGAGGAGGAACGGGUCAAAAGCUUCAAACGAAGAGGAUACAUCCAACCACUGUUGUAAAUGUACGAUGAUGGUUACUCUUCGAUAAUGCCGCGCCACUUCUGUUACUAGUACCACUACAAUAGUCACUAAGUAGCUCAAUAUUAUGCUAGCAGGUCAUGCAGUGCGUAACGUCAAAGCGUAACAUAAGUGUAUAGAAGACGGCGACGGCAGUGUGCGCAAAUUACAGAAUUGUGCCUAAUGACCCUUUGCUUAGUCAACCCGUUGCCUGAAUGGCAGACGGCAAUAGUACUGAAGAAAUUCGGUUCUUAGAAGCGAAUUAUAUUUGAUUCGACAUAGCAUUGUUUAGGAAAUUGGAGUCUGUUUUUUUAACCAGCACUCGGAUAUCGAGUUUAGCUUGUUUUACUUUUUUCAACGCAGGUCCUUUUAAAACUUGAAGACAUGUGGAUUUAGACGCCAGGGUCUGCGCAGAGGCUUGACGGUUACCUUUGUGUGUGAGUGUGUCAGUGCUGAUGUUCGUGCAAUAGUAAUCUUGUGGAGCCGCAAUGGUGUCUAAGGAUACGUUCAUCAAAUAAAUAUUUAAAGGCAUAGCCUCAAUGCAGCCUUGCUAUCGGGUUUCGUGACGCAUGCCAAGUUAGUUGUUCAGGAAAACAACGAGUGCAGUUUCAAACAAACAACUCUCCUUCGAACUUGAUCGAGUGUUCCCGUACGUCACGAGCAGGAAGCGCAACGCAUUCGGAGAAAGAGACGUGGUCCUCUCAACCCCUCUUCCCCUCUACGAGACGCCGGUGACAAGCCUAGGCCGCAAGUAGUACGAGCUUAUUAGCCAAAUAGAUAGCUAUCCGCGGCUCUGUUCAGGGAACCUAACUAGCACACGCAUGCAUAUAUAUCAAUAAAGGCAAACAGAGGAGAUACAAGACCGUGCACUGCCGAAGCAAUCAGUCGAUUUAAUCGACAUUGCUCUUCAUUCCUUGGGGCAGGUCUCUCAAGACCUCGAGCGUCGAACCUCAAAACUUUUCGUAAUUCGCCAAGCCUGGAAAAAUUGAUUUAUAUCUGCUCAGCACGCAUUGAGUGUUGACCAUGAGUUGUAUACAUGUACAGAGAUGGCGUUUCGUAGAACAGAAGUGAAUGUAGAUGACGCAAGAUAACCAACAUUUUACAAAGGAAGCGCGCGUUUUUGUCGGCUGUCAUGAUUAACAUGGUGGCAACCGAAGGCGCUGCUGGAAAUACGCAACAGGCCAACAAAGGUAAACAGCAAUAGUAGCAUUCGUAAAAGUAGUCCGCAUCAACAACAGUUGGCUAGGGCCUGGCUGUACGGCUGCAUCACCUUGUUGGUACGUUUGGCCUUCUCAAGAAUAUCCGCCUCUCGCAGUUUCGGUCUCUUCAUAGCCACAUUCAACGGCUGUGCAUAAUCAACUACAGAAAAGAUUUCAGAAGGUUGAACCAACCGCACUCGCUAUCUGCGAUAGACGCACGACGACGGCUAUAUUUUUCGAUUGAAGGGUUUGCCCUUCUAUUCCGUUACCCUCUUCUUCUUUUUCUGCCCGUCCUCUUCUUCCCCCAGCGACUUAGCAACGAAUAAAAGACGGUACUGCCUCUUCUACCAUCUCCUUGCCGCAGUGACGGGAGCAACCCGGAGAAGCCGCCGUUUUCAAGACGCGAUGGCUAAGCAGCGCCGGUCGCGCAGUUCUUCUAGGCAAAGGCAUUCGUCCAACAGCGGUGGGGGAACCAACGGGGGAACUCACAAUCAUUGCGACAGCCACAAACGUGGACGAGGAGCGCAAUGCUGUCGCCGAUUCACCGCGUUUCUGUUCUCGCACGUCGGCCUGUGCGCGCUAGUUGUCGGUUACGCUGUAUUGGGUGCGUUUGCAUUCCGCGCGCUAGAGGCACCCCACGAAGUUCAACGUGCCGAUGAGGUACAACGGUUAAGGGAUGCCACCGUUGACAGACUAUGGGAGAUAACCGACCGGUAUAAUGUACUCUACCGAGAAAACUGGACCGUCGAAGUGGGGCGUGAAAUGGCCGAGUUUCAGCGAGGACUGAUCGAAGCUGUCAAAGACGGUUAUGACGGAAGACCUAGUGGGCAGGGCCAACGUUGGACUCUCUCCGGCGCAUUUCUCUACUCGCUCACGGUUAUUACCACCAUAGGUUACGGAGAUAUUGCACCCAGAACGCAACUGGGAAAAAUCGUCACGAUGCUAUACGCUAUUAUAGGAAUACCCCUGAUGCUGCUUUACCUCACUAAUGUCGGCGACAUUCUCGCCAAAGCCUUCAGGUAUACGUACGGAAAGCUAUGUUCGUGUUGUCGAGCUUCACCCGUCAAGAGUCCGCCCGGAACGGGUUCGCUCUCGUUGGCACAGAACACACUUGCAAGAAUGAAUAGCCAGAACAGCUACUCCAGUUACCGAAUGGUGCAGCAGAGUCCGCAACUCGCUAAGCAUAAUUCUCCAUUGAAUCACUACUCGGUAGACCCUCCAGAGAAAGUAGGAGGGUCUGUACGUCAGCAAACUCAGACCACACAGAUUCUUGACUUUAAUCAGACGCCACAUGACACCGUUGCUGCACAACACUUCGAUGAUAUGACGCCUGAUGAGCUCGGCGGAAACAAUAGACAAGCUUCACACGCUAUAGGCGGUGUAUCAGGAGGACCGAUGCUUCCUUCAAUGGAUAAUGCUGGUCCAAAGUUUGAUAACGGCCCAGUUGGGCUGUAUACGUCACGCGGGUUUCAGCCUGUACCUCCAUCCUAUCCGAUCGGUCCCUCGCUGGGCUUGGCAGGUUUUGAAGGAUCCCGAGGUCGCGAAGAGGAGCGAAUCGCUGUACCAAUUCCGCUAUGUGUUCUGAUUAUGGUAGCGUAUAUCUCUGGCGGAGCAGUUCUCUUCUCGCUUUGGGAGGACUGGGGCUUCCUUGAAGGAGCCUACUUCUGUUUCGUCACCUUGUCUACAAUAGGAUUUGGUGACUUCGUGCCAGGCGUGUCUGACACGGGUAGUCAAGAAAAGUUGGUUAUCUGCUCGUUGUAUUUACUCGCGGGCAUGGUUCUAAUUGCCAUGUGUUUCAGUCUGAUGCAGGAAGAAGUUAUUUAUAAGGUCCGAAACUGUGGCAAGCGGAUAGGGCUCAUUCGCAAUUCAGAUAGCGGAAUGGGCCUGGGAAGUUGUCCCUUACAAGAUUUCUACCCCCCGCCAUUGCCACCGUCCCUCAGUCGUCAUCACCAUCAUCAUCAACAACAGCAGCAACAGCAGAAUAUGAUCGGACUCGGAAUGGUUGACCCGCAAGAAUUAACCGGACUAACUGCUGGAAUGGCCUUAAAUGUAUCAGGCGAUGGAAUUGACGAUAACAGAGUUGUCAGCCCUCACAAUGACUAUUCCUGGUAAAUAUCAACAGUCUGGCCAGUUAAGAGCAGAACUUAGCAUCAAAUGCACUAUAAACCUUUAAUUUAUCAGUAAUUUAUUGCCGAUACGCCAACGCCAUUAGUCUGUACUGGCCGCCAUAGAAUAGAACAGAGGGAGUGAUGUCAUCGCCUUCGUCAAAAAUUCUGCUCCAAAAAGCAAAUUGCGCCUUUCAUGGGAAAGUCGCUGCAGAUUGCGGCUGAAUUCAACGAUGGGAUUCAGCGAUGAAUCAAGCUAGCAUCCAAAGCUGUCGCCACACAUUGGGUGCAAUAUAUAGUAUUUAUAGUUUAGGGUUUGUUGUUAAGUGAAGCUGCCUGUUAAGAUUUAAUUAAUUUGCCGCUAACUGACCCGGCCCUAUUGACUCUGUAGUAUUAGUUUACCGGAUAACUAUAUAAAAUGAUGGCUCUGCUCUGCUCGUUAAUGAUAAUUGAGCCUCUAUUGAGUGACUUAGUAGUACAUCUUGGCUCAUAUGGCUAGUGAUAUGAUAAUUUUGUCAACGGUGCCAAAAUAAUGUAGUGUAUAUUGUAAAUGGGUAGGCGUUUAUUUUGCCCUGGGAUCUGAAUUGUAAUUUCGUUGGUCUGAUGACCCGUUUAACUUUUCGAAACGAAGAGCUCUGUAUAUUUUAAAAACAAUCUUCUCCAGUUAAGCUUGAGAUUUAUCUUCAGAUAGUUCUCCAUGUCGGUUUUAUUUGGUUAAUUGGAAGUGCCUGGGUCGAUUAACAAGCCGAAUCUGUGCAUAUGAUGAAUGAACUGACUUUUUUUUCAAUGAAGUUGAGGACUGAUCAUCCAAGAAAAGAAGGAACGAUCGAUCGCGAAGCCAGUUAUCACUCCGCUUUAUGCUAUCUGCUCUUCAGCGAAGACUAUUAACGGAAUCCAUCAAUUAUAUGGUCUACACAUUAGAUACGUUUGAUCGACAUUCCUCCCGAGUCCAAUUUACUGUAAAUAUAUAUAUAUAUAUAUAUAUAUAUAUAGUAAUGCCGAACAAGAUAUGUAGAUUUGCAGCUACGUACUGCUCUGUAAAUAAUCGGAGCCUGCCGGUGCUAGAGCACUGCAGCAACGCUAAAUCUAUCGCCAGUACCGAACGCUUGAUCUACGGUAAUAGUUGAACAUCAGCUCUAACUGAUAUAUUGGUAUACGAUAGCUUACGGUCCUAUACGGAAAUAAACACGUACAUACACAUAAACAGUUACCGGCGAAUGAAUGGUUGCUGUGGGAUUAUUUCAUAAUACAAUUGUAUUAUAGAACUGUACAUUUGUUCAUGAUUAACAUCCAUUGAGAAUUCAUGCAACGGUCUUGUAAAUUUGUUACUUUUUAUGGUAUGUUAAUUUUUUGACUCAUGCCUCUUGUAUCAUGACGGGGUAAUAGUACACAGGCACAGAAGGGGUGAGCUAAAUAGUUGGAAAGUACCAGGGAAGCAAAUUGGCGAUGUUUAUUAUUAAAUAUUUUGUAACAUACAUACGUAUGUAUAGAGAUACUGAAAGAUUAUUGUCAUCAAUGAAGUCUAGGAAGAAAAAAUAGAUUCGCGUAUAACAAUAAAACGGUAGGUACUUGCACAGCAAGGCGAUAGAUUCACCUCUAGUUAUUUCAAACAUAUAUACAAUUUAACACGACCACUAUGAGAAGCACAG